UGAAUACUUAGUCAUGAUGCAAGCGUUUAAAGCGAGCGAGAGCCAGCGCGUACGGAGCAGUCAUCUACUGACCACAGCAGACGUCAAUAUGUUUACCCUAAGCGCGGUUGUGUUUUUCUUUCUGGCGUUCGCCGCUGCUACUGACGUGGAACAAUGCCCAGGAAAAUCGUUUGAAGGAUUAAAAGAUAAUGUCCAAUUAUCACCAUGCAAGAAAUUGCCCUGUCGUCUUAAGAGAGGAUCCAACCAAAAUAUUACAAUUCACUUUACUACAGAUAAAGAUAUAAAAGAAGUUAAAAACGAAGUUACGGCUACAUUGCUUGGACUCACUUUGCCGUUCGUUGGAGUUGAUGGGUUGGGGAUUUGCGAAAAAAUUGUAUCUGAAAAUGGAGACAAGUCAUCGUGUCCCCUCAAAGCUGGCACUAAGUACCUCUACAAGGACUCCUUCCCUAUACUCGAUGUCUACCCCAAGAUAGAGACCACUGUACAUUGGGCGUUAAAAGAUGGAAAUAACGAUGUCAUAUGUUUCAAAGUACCCGUAAAGAUUGUAUAGUUAUGUGUUGUUUGUUACGAAUAUUUUCAAGAUCACUUUUAGUAUAUGUUACUGUUUUAACGUCUUUCAUAAUUACGUCUAACAUAUGUCUCAUAUAUAUCACACCUCGGCUGCCCAGAUAAACCUGAAAGUACAUCUGUCAAAAAUAUUUUUUUUAAAUAAAAAAAAAUGUAAUGGCUGAAUAAAAUGACAGCCACAUAAUAAUAUAUAAAUAUACUGCAAUUUAUUGUACCGCUCAUAACUGCUAUUUCAGUAAUGUCAAAAUAUCUACUCGAUAUUAGGAGAAAUUCAAUUUUACUAUUUUAAGAAACGAUUUGUUGUUUGGUCGCUUUGUAUAUAUGUAAACUAUAGGUUUUAUUUGGAAUCAGCCGAGGAAAAUAAUAUUAAAACACAGGGUAUUAUACAAAUAAAUAGACAUUGAUUAUUAAAUUAUUUACCUACUUGUAUAUUAUGCAUAAAUGCCAGUUUCUAAACAAAACAUAUUCAGAUCAAUAUAUUUAUACUAUAAUAUACCAAUAUUAUAGUAUCGAUAUAUUUGUGACGUUUUCUCUAACAUUAAAAACUUAUUGAAAUACUGUAAUAUCAGAUUUAAAUUAAAUUAAAAACUGUUAUAAAAAUAAAUUUUCUUUACGAUUUUAAUAUUUGAAAAAAAUGCCAAAAAAAACAUAUUUUAUUAGUUUUAUGAACGCGGAAAUAAAGAAGUCCAAGUAACAAUGAGGAUUAGAAUCAUAUAUCAAUGGAUCAUUUAAUAUUUUUAUAGUUAAAAUAGAUUUAUAUUUAUAUUGUAUAGAAUUUAAGUAUCAUAAAAAGAAUUUAAGUAAAUAUAACAUGUUGUAAUAAAAUACUGUUUUAUUGCGUAUUAUAGAUUUAUUAUAAAAAUAAGUCUCUCAAGACAAAACUACAACCUUUAAUUUACAAGAUAAUUAUGUCCAGUACAAUCAUGCUAACUACAAUUUGGAAAAACCAGAAAUAGUUUUCAAAAUUUAAUUCUUCUUAGACGCCGCAGUAAUUACUG